AUGCCUCCGUUUAGAAGGAAGAAGGCCUCUAAAUCAUUCCCAGUUAAAGUGUGUACAUUGGACGCUGAGUUGGAAUUUAAUUUAGAGUGGCGAGCAACUGGGAGAGAUUUGUUUGACCUGGUAUGUAGGACUAUAGGACUAAGGGAAACAUGGUUUUUUGGCCUUCAGUUUGAGGAUACAAAACAUUUUAUCAGCUGGCUAAAAUUGGAUAAGAGAGUGCAAGAUCAAUGUGUCUCUCAGAUGCCAGGCACUCCAUUCAUGCUAUUGUGCAAGCUUUAUCCUGAAGAUGUUGCAGAAGAACUUAUCCAGGAGGUCACACAACACCUGUUGUUCUUGCAAGUUAAGCAGGCUAUAUUAAGUAUGGAUAUAUAUUGUCCACCAGAAGCAUCAGUUUUGUUAGCUAGUUAUGCAGUCCAGGCUAAGUAUGGGGACUAUGAUGAAAGUGCUUAUAAGCCGGGUAUGCUCGCCAGUGAAGAUCUUCUGCCUCAGCGCGUCAUCGAUCAGUAUCAGAUGACCCCUGAGAUGUGGGAGGAAAGGAUUAAAAUAUGGUAUGCAGAUCACAAAGGUAUGUCGAGAGAUGAAGCGGAAAUGGAAUAUCUCAAAAUAGCCCAAGAUCUGGAUAUGUAUGGAGUUAAUUAUUUUGCUAUAAAUAACAAAAAAGACACAGAUCUCUAUCUAGGUGUCACAGCUCUAGGUUUAAACAUAUAUGAAAAGGACAAUAAACUCCAACCAAAAACUACCUUCCCAUGGUCAGAGAUCAAACAUAUUUCAUUUGACGAUAAAAAAUUCGUUAUCAAAUUCGUCGAUAAAUCAGCAAAUAACUUCAUUUUUUUCUCUCCAAAAGGGAUGAAUAAAUUGAUAUUGGACCUGUGCAUCGGUAACCAUGACUUAUACAUGCGCCGGCGCAAGCCUGACACUAUGGAAGUGCAGCAGAUGAAAGCUCAGGCCAAGGAGGAGAAAGUGCGUCGACAAGUAGAACGCAAUAAAUUGGCUCGCGAGAAGCAACUCAGGGAGGCAGCGGAAAGGGAAAGGGCCGCGAUGGAACAGAGAUUGUUGCAGUACCAAGAGGAGAUACGUCUUGCUAAUGAAGCUUUGCGUCGUUCAGAAGAGACAGCAGAGCUGUUAGCUGAGAAGGGAAGAGUGGCGGAAGAAGAGGCAUCUCUUCUAGCACAGAAGGCGGCUGAUGCUGAAAGGGAUAAUGCUCGAUUGAGGUUGUCUAACAUACGGACUGAAGAGGAAAAGGUAUAUUUAGAACGAAAAACCCGAGAAGCAGAAUUCUUAACUGCACGUUUAGUGGAGGAAUCAGAAAAACGCGCGGCGGAAGCCGAUAGGCUUAAAUCGGAAUUACUAGCAGCGAGAGUAGCGGAAAAACAAGCGAAGGAGAAACUACUGAACUUCCUUAGUAGAACUUCUACUGGGUCGCUACCGCCGCCAUCAUCCAAUCCAUCUUCUCUCUUCCCGUCAACGUGCUCUCUCCCGGCGGAGUUGAGUUGUGAUGACGUCGGAGUCCUACAAAAUGGAGGCUCCACACCACCGGAGCCCGAGUUGAAUUCCUACCAACUACUUCCUGAUGACUCGGAUCCGCAUAUCCACCGGCUGUCGUUGGAGAUUGAGAAGGAAAGGGUGGAAUACCUCGCAAAAUCCAAGCAUCUCCAACAGCAGUUAGACGAACUGCGUUGUGAAUUCUCGGUUUUGCGAGUGGAACAGCAGCCUGGAGCCACCUUGGACAGGAUUCAUGAAGCUCAGGCGAGGGCCGGAGAUGACAAGUACUCCACUCUACGGCGGCUCAAACAGGGCUCCACGAAAACACGACUUGCCUUCUAUGAGGAGCUGUGA